AUGUAAACAAACAGAAACAAAGCAUCAAUUUAUCUGAUUCUUCAAUUCAAAUGGCAUAGAAUGUUAUUCAUCAUUUUCGUAGCAUAAAUAUUGAGAAGUGAUGUAGAAGAGGAUCUUACCAAACCCUACAUUGAAGAUCUUGUUUAAUUGUGUGUCCAAUAUUUCCUCACCAUGAGUUCUCCAUUGUCCAGUCUGAGGAAAUCUCACAAAAAUCCACUACUUCUUGGACAAAAACAGGUGCCCUUGAAAGGUCCAGGAUAUACAGAAGAUGAAAGCAAACUUCUUGAGGAGAUUACAAACAACAUGGCUAGCCACCGCAUUAAAACACGGGACCCCUUCGCGGGAGGUUUACCAAAACUGGAUAAUCUACGUCAUCCUCAUCUAGCUCAUAAUAGUCCCAGGACAUCCAAUCCUGGCUCUUUAGGUCGUUACCAUGACAAUAGCACCCCAGUAUUUGAUCGGCCCUCUAGUGCCGCUUCGAGUACUGGGUUUGAUGGUACCCACGUCAAUAACACCUUUCUCACAGCUCCGAAUGAUCAUGAACUGAUGACAGCCAUGAUGAACAGAAUUUCCUUGUUAGAGCAACGUGUGUCCCAUCAGACCAAGGAAAUCACAGAAAAGGAUAAACGGAUCAGGGUGUUGGAUGAGAAACUCAAAAUACUUCAAAAGGCACAAGGUGACAGCAGUGACAGCAGAGUCAAUGAAGCAGAGAAGAAAUGUUUGUUAUUACAACAGAAAGUUCAUGAGAUGGAGGCCUUCCUGGCUGACUAUGGUAUGGUAUGGGUUGGUGACAAGAGUAACCCUAACUCAGAUGUGUACAAUGAUGAAGGAAGCUCGACAACAAGCAGUGAAGGUGAUACAUGGCGACCAGGUACCUCUGUGUCCAACCAGCCAGAGUUUGAGGUUGACUUCAAUUCAGUAAUAGAGAAUAUCAGAGAGCUGAAUGUGUUAGCAGGGGAGGGUGUAUCUAAAAUACAACACACUACAGAUGGGGCAAGACUCAAGCCUCCAGACCCUGUCCAGUUCACUCUGUAUUCCAAUGGGAUGAUGUUGUAUAGCGGCCCGUUCCGAUCGUUCAGUGACCCGAUGACACAGACUUUUAUGCGUGACAUCAUGGAUGGGUACUUCCCAUCAGAGCUACAGAACCGUUACCCAGAUGGUGUUCCCUUUGUUAUUCGAGAUUUGAGGUCAGUUCAUUUCAAUGACAAGCGAGCCGCUGCAUUCGCUGGAGCAGGGCAGGUUUUGGGUGGAGACACUAAACCAUCACGAUUGGUUCCUUCCAAUCUGGACAAAGCAAGUCAGGUGUCAGAACCUGUGCGUAUGUUCCGCAAAGAUACCCAGGAAAAGUUAGAGGUCACAAGUGAACAUCCAGGCAAAAAGAUGUCUUCUGAGCAGUUCCUAAAUAAGCUCCCAAAGAAUGUCAUCAAAGAUGGCAAGGUGAUUGACAUCCGAGAAUCUGUUCAUGACACUCUCAAGGGAGGAAAAUCAACAGUUCCACCGGUCACUGUAGUGGACACAGAUGUGGUCAAGGAUAUGAGGAAGAGACUGGAGCUGGAAGAGUCAAAACGGCCAUCUACACCUCGAGACAUCAGUACACUGCGAGUGAAAUCAGACAGUGGUAAUCAAACAUAUAUCCUCAAGAUGAAGUUCUGGGAAACCAUCGGAGACCUCAGAAAAUAUAUAGACAUACACAGACCAAUGGGCUUGCCUGAGUACCAGAUAGUUUCAACUUACCCUACGAAAGUGUACGACAAUAAUUCGGCUUCACUAGAGUCUGCUGGCCUCACUCCCAAUGCUGUGCUACAUCUACGACAGAAAAAGUCCUAGCCAUGUUAUAACAUUAUUCGAAACUUUUCAUGUUAUAGUCAAACUGCUGUUUAUGUCAGAUAGACAUUGCCCUGAUGUGCUUACACACUGUAGCC